AUUUUUUUUUUCCCCUUCCCAAGUCGACUGCUCGCUGUCCUUCUUUUUGUCCCCUUUUUAACCCCCUCCUCCUCCUCCCCCCGUCCUCUUUCGGCCCCUUCUUUGUCGUGUCUUCCUUUGGAUCCGACACUGCUUCGACUUCGUUUUUCUUCUUCUUCGCCUUCUGCUUCUUUUUCUUCUUUCGAUAUCGCUCGCUAGCCAUCCUUUUGGCCCGUCCCUUUCUCUUCUUGGUGGACCACCCCGUUCCGUCGAGAUCCCUGUGCCCGCCCGUCGGAGCCGACGCGACAGCAGCCAGGAGAAAGACCCCGACAUUGCGCGUCUUCGGCCGUUGCCUCUCGGUGCCAACACGACCGCCCGCGCAUCCCCGUCCUUUGUUAUUACUUGUUGCCGGUGACCCUCUCGUUAUAACAUAUAUACGUCUUCUAAUAACCCUUGGAAGCUGUGUCACCCAGCCCGCGGCCCCGGAGCAUUCCUCGCGCCCCGCGACCCUGUUGCACGUCAAACUGCGACCUGCGCAUCACGGACCGACCGCCCUUUUCGACAAAAAGGGGACUUCCAACCGCCAACCGUCGUGUCCGCGUUUUCAACGGCCUCCACCGGCUCCAGCCCCAACGGUCGACCGAUUUGACACCGCCUAUCCUUGGUGCGCAAGCCACAUUGGCGUUCAAGCAAGCCUCCGGCACUUGGAGACUUAUAACUUUGUCGAGUGGGCCAAUUCCUACAUACUAACUGCCUUGCUAAAAAGCAAGGCAUCUUCCGCCGUAUUUUUUUUUUUAUCAUUUUUUAUUUUCUUCCCCGAAGCCCUUGUCGACCACCCGGCAGAUCCCAGACCGCUGCAGCAGGAAUUCUUGUACCUGCGCUACCGUCUUUUGCCACCGAAGAGCCUCGUCAGCUCUCGAAAUACACAGCUUGCGUAUUGCAUAGCUUGCUGGAGUCUCGUGACCCCAGCAUCCCCCUUCCGUGCCUAGCAACAGGCACGCUCAACCGCUCAAAACGGCGAUCCUCUCUCCCGUCGGUAGGGACACCCACGUCCCUCCCCAUCUGCUCGGCAUGCAGGACAUCCAGGCCCCCGGCCCGGGUGUUGGUCCCGUUGGCCGCUUCCCCGGCCAUGUUUCGAAGCCCUCUAAUAGCGACACGGGCUUCUCCCACGGCGCCUUUACCUCCAACAUCUCGGGCUUUGGCGACAGACACCCGCGCCGCGGCAACAUUCCCAACAUCAACACCCAGCCCAUGGGCCAGCAGCCCGCCCCGGUUGCCCCGAACAACAACCUCGACAUGGGCACUCCCGGCACUGGGCUGGACAUGUCCUUCACUCCCCUGCUGCCCUCGCAGCUGCUCCUCGGCAGCCCCUUCCAGCCUGGUACCCCGGCUGCUUUUGCCAACCAGCAGCAGUACCAGAACAUGGGAUACCAGCAGGGACAGCCCCAGGGUGUCAAUGGCCAUCAGCAGGCACACCAGCAGCAGCAGCACCACCACCACCACCAGUCGCAGAACGGAAUCUCUAGCCCCAUCCAGGCCCUGUCCCCUCAGGCCUACCAGGCCAUGGUCUCGCCCUCGGCCUACGGUGCCCCGCAGUUCUACUCGCCCCAGUCCCCCUCGGGCGGCUUCGGUAGCAUGAGCGGCUCGGUGCAGCUGCAGCCCACCUCCCCCGUCUCGGGCGUUGUCAGCGGCACCAGCCGGACCGUCUACCUCGGCAACAUUCCCCAGGACACGAGCGCCGAGGAGAUUCUUGGCCACGUCCGUAGCGGGCAGAUUGAGUCGGUCCGCCUGCUGCCCGACAAGAACUGCGCCUUCAUCUCCUUCCUUGACGCCAGCUCGGCCACGCACUUCCACUCUGAUGCCAUCUUGAAAAAGCUCUGCAUCAAGGGCCAGGACAUCAAGGUCGGCUGGGGCAAGCCCUCGCAGGUGCCCACCUCUGUUGCUCUUGCCGUGCAGCAGUCCGGCGCGUCGCGCAAUGUGUACCUGGGCAACCUGCCCGAGGACAUCGCUGAGGAGGAGCUCCGUGAGGACCUGGGCAAGUUUGGCGCCAUCGACACCAUCAAGAUUGUGCGCGAGAAGAGCAUCGCCUUUGUGCACUUCCUGUCCAUCGCCAACGCCAUCAAGGCCGUCUCCCAGCUUCCUCAGGAGGCCAAGUGGCAGGCCCCUCGCCGUGUCUACUACGGCAAGGACCGCUGCGCCUACGUGUCCAAGACGCAGCAGCAGAAUGCCGCCCAGUACCUCGGCAUCUCGCCUUCGUACGCCCACAUGCUGACGGGCGCCGACCGCGACCUCAUCUCGAGCGCUCUGGCCCAGCAGUCUGUCGCCGCCGCCGCCGUCGCAACCACGGCUGGUGGCCUCAACAACCUGGGCAACCGCACCAUCUACCUCGGUAACAUUCACCCAGAGACUACCAUCGAGGAGAUUUGCAACGUGGUCAGGGGCGGUCUUCUGCAUCACAUCCGCUACAUCCCUGACAAGCACAUCUGCUUCGUCACUUUUAUCGACCCGACCGCGGCCGCCUCCUUCUAUGCCCUCAGCAACCUUCAGGGCUUGAUGAUCCACAACCGCCGCCUUAAGAUCGGUUGGGGCAAGCACUCGGGCGCCCUGCCGCCUGCCAUCGCCCUGGCUGUCAGCGGUGGCGCUUCGCGUAACGUCUACAUUGGCAACCUCGACGAGACGUGGACCGAGGAGAGGCUGCGCCAGGACUUUUCCGAGUACGGCGAAAUCGAGCUGGUCAAUACGCUUCGUGAGAAGAGUUGCGCCUUUGUCAACUUUACCAACAUCGCCAACGCCAUCAAGGCCAUCGAGGCGGUGCGUAGCAAGGACGAGUACAAGAAAUUCAAGGUCAACUUUGGCAAGGACCGUUGUGGCAACCCCCCGCGUCAGCUGCAGCAAUCGCAGAUCACCUCGCCGCGCUCCGAGGGUCUCCCGUCGCCGCCUCCCAACGGCACUAGCCAGAAUGGCAACUCGCCUACCCUGACCAGCCCACCUGCCUCGGCUCCCCCGGCCCUCUUCAACGCCACCAGCAACCCCCUGACGCUGUACCUGAGCCACGUGUCCCAGCAGGCCCAACACCAGCAGCACCAGCAGCAGCAGGUGCUCAUCAACCAGCAAGCCGCCCUCUUCGGCACCGCAUCCUCGUCGCCCAACGACCUGUCCCUCGAGGUUCCUCACCCUGCCUCGGCUGGUCACCCGCCAUCCAACGGUUUUGCCGGUAGCGGUCCCGCUUCUGCCAGCUCGACCGGCCCGACGACCAUUGGCGGUCUCCUGGCACCUAACCGCGGUCAGCACAACCGUGCUGUCAGCCUUCCUGUCCUGGCGCCCGGGUUCGAGAACGGUGGCUCCGGCUCCAGCGGCCCUCAAGGAGUCCACGGUGGUGGCGAGCGGAGAGGUCACCAGUACCAGGCCAGCUUCAACGGCGGCUUCGGCGGCCUAGCCCUUCAGGGUGGUCUGAACGGCUGGGUUGAGGAGGAGGUCCCCAACUGAAGCGACCUACGCGUGCUAUUGCAACACCAUUUAUGAAACUUUGCUUCGACCUUGUUGUCUUGUUUUUUUUGCAUAUCCGUCAAGCAUCUUCAUCAUAUUGAAUCAUCUUAUUACCACCAUCAUUACGAGGGCGACGCUGUGUGGACGAGGUUGAAAGGGUGUUGGGUUUUCGAUUUCGAAUUUGUUGUUUGUUCCACGGUGCAUGGUUUGCUUCAACCAUCAUCAUCACUAUCCCGGGGGGUGUUGAACAUGGCCCUGCCCGCAGAUAUUCUGCCGCGUUGCCAGCUGCCCCCUGUUUUCAUCUCUAAUCAUUCGUAUUUCAUGUAUCAUCUUUUUUAUAUGGGUUUGCCCAACCCCGUUCUUCCUCCCACCUAGCUCAGGCCCAGACGGCCUUGACGAGGCGUCCUUCUACGGACGCCUCGCGCCCUUUGCUGCCCUACCCUAGGGGCAAUAGAAAUGGGUCUCGAAUCGACGAACCUCAUGCAGUGGAGGCUCAGCGUGGGUUGGUGGGAGGACGGACACCGGUAAUGAGGCUGUCGCAACGCGCAGCCAUUCCUCGGUCUAACGGGGGUUGACAACAGUGUCAUGCUUUAUUAUGCAUGGUCGUCUCGAGUCGAAUGUGCUCCUUUGGAUAUGAUAGUGGACGUGUCGAAGAAUGCGAAUAAAAAAAUCUCACAUCAUCUUGGGCUGUUUUGUGCGUGAGACACUCUUGUAAUAUCCUAGUCGCUGACGCCAUGUC